UCGCUUGUGUGGUACCUGAGCGGUCGGCGGGAGCAGCGCUGUCCCUGGAGCUGAAAACACCUGCAAAAAUGUCUCUUUAUCCAUCUCUUGAAGAUUUGAAGGUAGACAAAGUAAUUCAGGCUCAAAAUGCCUUUUCUGCCAACCCUGCCAACCAGGGGCUCUUGAUGGAUGUUUCUGCUGCUCUCCCUUCAGAUGGAAAUCUCUACCCUAAACUGUACCCAGAGCUCUCUCAGUAUAUGGGACUGACUUUAAAUGAAGAAGAAAUAUGUGCAAAUAUGCCCAUGGUCUCUGGAGUACCAGCCCAAGGGCAACUGGUAGCAAGACCAUCCAGUGUGAACUACAUGGUAGCACCUGUGACAGGCAAUGAUGCUGGGAUUCGGAGAGCAGAAAUUAAGCAAGGGAUUCGUGAAGUCAUUUUGUGUAAGGAUCAAGAUGGAAAAAUUGGCCUUAGACUUAAGUCAAUAGAUAAUGGCAUAUUUGUUCAGCUAGUCCAGGCUAAUUCCCCAGCCUCCCUGGUUGGGCUGAGAUUUGGGGACCAGGUACUCCAGAUCAAUGGUGAAAACUGUGCGGGCUGGAGCUCUGACAAGGCUCACAAGGUGCUCAAGCAGGCGUUUGGAGAGAAGAUUACUAUGACCAUUCGUGACAGGCCCUUUGAGCGGACAGUCACUAUGCAUAAGGACAGCAGUGGGCAUGUUGGCUUCAUCUUUAAAAGUGGGAAAAUCACAUCCAUUGUGAAAGAUAGUUCUGCUGCCAGAAAUGGCCUUCUCACUGACCAUCACAUCUGUGAGAUCAACGGGCAGAAUGUCAUUGGCUUGAAGGAUGCUCAGAUUGCAGAUAUACUCUCAACAGCUGGGACCGUAGUUACCAUCACAAUCAUGCCAGCUUUUAUCUUCGAACACAUUAUUAAACGGAUGGCACCAAGCAUCAUGAAAAGCCUGAUGGAUCACACCAUUCCUGAGGUUUAACCACCUUGUACAGUGCAUCACAGCUGAAUGUUUCCAGUUUUCCUCUUUGGCAACUUCUCUGUUUCGCACACAAAGCUUUCCUGGAGCCAGGGUUUGAACAUGCUGCAUGGAGACCUUUCUAUCUUCCACCAUGGCUGGGAACCUCACUACCUGACGUCUUCUUCAGAUUUUACCAUAGGUGUAGCCUUAUCCUGGUUUACAGAUGUGAGACUUCACUGGGAACCUGAUGCUUUAUAAGCCAUUGUGGCCAGGAUGACCAUGUAGGCUUAGCUGUGUCUGAGAACUGGUCGGCUUUCUCCUAGACAAAACACAGUGCGAGCCAUAUGCUUCAGCUCUGUGGCAUACCUGGAUUUUAGGACAUCAGUGCAGUACUUUUAGGAUGAUUGCCUUUGAUGGCCAUUUUUUCCCCUGUGUGUGAGUAUGUAAAAUCUCAAUUAAUCAACACUGAUUUCAUUCCACAAAAGCAUUAUACAGUGUGUGUAGGUUGCAAGAGACUCAUGAUUGUCACUACUAGAUUUUAACUACCUUCAAGUAAUACGCUUCAACUGUCGCCUUAACUACAGUAAGCAUCUAGAAUAAAAGCCAAAAUAGAAUUAUUGCUGCCUUCUGAAACCUGAGAUAUUAGCUCUCUUUUAAGCUGGCCUGUGCUAGCCCUGAGCAGCUUCUUGGAAAGCAGUGCUGCCUAGUUGUAUCAAGGUUUUCUAGUCACUGCAUAAAGGAAACGCCUAAGAGUUGCUGCAUCGCUUUCUGAAAACAAAUUGCUAUAUAUUUCAUGUAAACAUUGUUAUAGAACAAACUUAGGAGCCUCCUUUUCACUUGUAGAUGAAGUGGGUAAUGUUUAAUUUGGCAUUUGAAUCCUAGUAUUAUGUAACUUAGCUACCUUGGGUGAUUUUCGGAUGUUUCCUUAAUGUCAUUUUAAUUUGUUCCACUUUCUGACUCCGCCCUAUAAACAAAACCGGCAAUGACACUUCAUCCUGAUUUGUUUUCUUAUGACUAUCCUAUAACUUUAUCUGGUAUUAUCCUAUUAAAUGUAUAAAAAUGUUAAA